AUGCAACCAGCCAAUCGAAAGCCAAUCAAGGUCAAACCAUCGAAAGGUUCUAGCACACAACAACCUGUAAUUAUAACAACCUCAUCAUCUAAUCAUCAACAAAAUAAUUCCGAAUCACAUUCUCCAUCACCUCUAAUUUUAUCACCCACAACCACUGGCACAAAUAAUUAUGUAUUUGAAAAUGAAGGAGAACAAAACGAACAAAAAACCAACAAGAAAAUCAGAGCAAAAAGAACAGGAGGGAUAUUGGGAAACUUUUUCGACGUUUCUAAAAAUUUAAAUGAAAAUACACUAAAUCAAAUGGAAUCCAAGAUGAAAGAAAUUAUUGAAUCGAGAAAUUUGUUUAAAGAAAAUAACUUGGAGUUGUGUGAAAUGAUCAUGUCUGCUGAUGUGGAAUCGAAGAAUGAAUCAAUUUCUCAACAAGAAAUUCUCAAAAUUGAUUUGAUAAAUAGGCAAAUGGCCGAAUUGGAAUCAUUUGAAACAAAUCUGAAUAACUUUAUUCAAUCAAAUGGCUCUUCUGGAAUUACAAAUCAUCUUGUAAACGCUGUUAAUACAAGAAAUGCUAUGAGAAAUGAGUGUAUGAAUAAUCUUAACGAAGUUACUAACUUGUUGGGUGAAACAUUGGAAUCAAUGAAAAAUGACAUCCCCGUAGAAAGGAUUCAAAAAAUAGAUGAAAUUCAUUCAAAAAUUCUUUUAGAAGAAGAUGUUUUAUCAGUUUCUGGUUCUGGUGAGUCUUUCAAUAUGUAUGAGUUUAAUAGGAGAUCAAAGGAAUACUUUGAGUGGGUUAAAAAAUCCAGUCCAAAACUGAUUAUUCAAUACAAGGAAACAAAGGCUGUUUUCAAGAAGUUUCUAGAAGCAAUGGAAAAAGAGCUAAAUCUUAUGAAAGAGGUUAAAGAGGAGGAGAAGAAAAUGAUGGAUAAUUUUGAGUAUAUAAUUACCUACACUCCUGAAUAUUUGGAGGCAAAGCGACAAACAACUGCUGAGCCAAGUGAAAGAAAGACUCAUAUCAAGGAGUUACAUAGCUACUAUUUGAAACGUAAAAUUGAAAUGGAAUCCAAAACACAACUACCACUUAAACCAGACCUUGAAAGCGUCAAUCUAUUUUACAAUCAGCUUAACUCUUUGAAAACAGACUUGAGAGAGGCUAAAAGAAAUCAUCUAAAAUUGAAAUUUGAAAAAGAAAAUCAUGAGUUGGAUGGAGUUUCUCAGUCUAUUCUACAAAUUUCAACACAAAAAGUUCAAGAAGCAUCUGAGGUAGUUCAUAGAAUCGAAGAAAAGAUUCAGCUAUUUGAAUCUAAUCUAGAAAAAUCCAUCAAAUUGCAUCCAGAAAUUUUAAUUUACAUUAACAGUUUCUCUAAGAAUGAUGAUCUUAUUCCUAUAUCAAUUAAGGAUACAAAGUUGGAGGUGAAGAGAUCUAUCAAAGAUUAUGAAAUAUUGAAAAUAAUCAAUCCAAGGGUUUGCAAAGCAAAAUUUGCUAACCAAAUAUCAAUAAUCAAACAGUACUCUUUUUCAGAUAGCAAAUCAAGAAAAGAGUUUAUGAAGGAGGUUCAAAUUUUACACAAAAUGAAUCAUCCUUGUAUUGUAAAGAUAGAAGCGUACUUUUGUGAGAAUGACUUUGUAUUUAUUCAAAUGGAACACAAAGGAGAUUUAACUCUAGCUGAUUGGCUCCUUAAAUCUCCUUCAGAAUAUGAAAAACGAAAUGUAUUUCACUCUGUGGCACAAACUUUGAAAUAUGUGCACGACUUUAAUAUUAUUCACUGUGACAUCAAACCAGAGAAUAUAAUAAUGUCACCAAUCGGUUCUAAAUCAAUUGGAUCCGUACAGGAGAUAUAUGAAUCAUAUAGACCUAUUCUUAUUGACUUUGAUAUAUCAGUUGACAAGAAUUCCUUACAAAAUUCUUUAGCAAUCCGAUCCACUUUAACUUACUUGGCUCCAGAAGUUGUUCAUGCAGCUUCUACAGGUGCAGAUUUCAAGAGUGUUUUGAAUACAUCAAUAGAUGUUUGGUCAUUUGGUGUUAUGAUGUUUAAGGCAUACUAUCCAAAUGAUGAGGUGUUGCUUCUUCCAAACGAACACUCAGUAAGAAUACCAGAACAUGAAAAUCAAUAUUUGCAAGAUCUUUUAUCAAAUAUUUUACAAAGAGACGCAAAAGAUAGACCUUGUGCUGAAGAUAUUUACUCUCAUAUCUAUUUCAACUCGUCCAUCAUGAAUGAACUAGUAUCUCAAAAACAAAUAGUUAGUACAGAAGACAAGAUGCAAUCAUUCAAUAGAUUUCUGCAUCACUACAAGAAAAGAAUGCAAAGGAACACUUCAGAUGUUAUUCAAAUACGUAUGAGAAGAGAUGCAAUAGUAGGUCACACAUUACAAGCAUUUUCAUCUAUGGAAAUCAAUGACUUACUUUUGAGACUUCAAGUGCAAUUUGUUGGUGAAAUUGGAAUGGAUUUGGGAGGAAUUACAUCUAAUAUGUAUACAGAGUUCUUCAGACAAUCAAUACAAAAUGAUCAUAACAUUUUUGAAUGUGGUUCAAGCUCUAAAACUGGAGGUUACCUACCAAAGGCAGAUGCACCAGUUGAGGUUUGUGAAAGUAUUGGAAAAAUUUUAAUCAAAACAAUUUACGAUCAAAGAGUUAUUCCAGAAGUGCUUUCUCCUUUCAUAUUCAAGUUUCUUUCACACAAAUAUUCAUCAAGCGAUCCUGAUUACAAUUCUUUGCAAGUAACUUUCAGAGAUUUGGAACAAUUUGAUGAAUCUAUGGCAAGAUCUUUGAGAAUGCUCCUUACUCAUGAAGGAGUGCACGAAUGGGAAAUUUCUUUUGAUGGCCUGGGACAAGACUCUAAUAGAAUGGUAAAUGAUCAAAAUAAGCACGAUUAUGUUAAAAUGAAAAUGAGAAAUGUUCUCUUACUCUCAAGAUUAGAACAAUUGAAAGCUAUUAGGAAAGGUUUUAAUUCGCUUGUUGAGCUUCAGCCUCAGCUGGCAUUAUUUAGUUGGAAAGAGCUAAUGCUGCUUUGUUGUGGAAAGGAUUAUAUUGAUGUAAAAUCAGUGAUUGACCUAUUGAAGUUCAAAGAUUUCCCUACUAAUAGUAGGACUCCUUUAUUUUUCACUCAAUUUAUUUCUUCACUCUCUAGCAUUCAGUUAAGGCAAUUUAUUGAAUUCUCCACUGGUCAAUGUGGAAUUUCCUACGGAUGGCAAUCCAAGGCUCUGAGCAUCACUGUACAAUACUCUUCCUCUUCAGUUGAUUCAUUACCUGUUUCUCAUAUUUGCUCAUUCAUAUUAGACCUUCCUGACUAUAACAAUUAUCAACUUUUAGAAACGAAAAUUAAGCAAGCUUUCGAAUUUACCUCAUCCUCCGGCUUUUACAUUGCUUAG